UAAAUAUUUAGGUUAAUUGUUUAUUUUCUCUAAUAUAGUUUAGCUGGUUUACAACAGUACACGGGUCCUGGUGCGGCUGCUGUGAGGAAAACCAUGGGUCGUUCAUCCAAAGAUAAACGUGAUAUUUACUACAGACUGGCCAAGGAGGAGGGCUGGAGAGCCAGGAGCGCCUUCAAACUUCUCCAGCUAGAUGAGGAAUUCAACCUUUUUAAAGGUGUGAGUCGUGCGGUGGAUCUGUGUGCUGCUCCUGGCAGUUGGAGUCAGGUUCUGAGUCGCAAACUCCGAGGGAAAGAGUCAAAUGAAGAUGUGAAGAUUGUAGCUGUGGAUCUGCAAGCAAUGGCUCCUCUACCAGGAGUCACACAGAUUCAGGGGGACAUUACCAAGAUUUCCACAGCUCAGGAGAUUAUACGGCAUUUUGAGGGACAGUCUGCAGACCUGGUGGUGUGUGAUGGAGCUCCAGAUGUUACGGGACUCCAUGAUGUUGAUGAGUAUAUUCAGGCACAGCUCCUCCUGGCGGCUCUAAACAUCACAACCCAUGUUCUGAAACCUGGUGGAAACUUUGUGGCAAAAAUCUUCAGAGGGAAGGAUGUGACACUGCUGUACUCUCAGCUUAAAAUCUUCUUCAGCUCAGUGACCUGCGCUAAACCACGCAGCAGCCGCAACUCCAGCAUCGAAGCGUUUGUGGUGUGCCAGAAUUACUCCCCACCUGAAGGAUACGUCCCCAACAUGUCCAACCCUUUACUGGAUCACUCGUAUGAUGUGGAUUUUAACCAGUUAGAGGGACCCAACAGGAUAAUCGUUCCGUUCCUCGCCUGUGGAGACUUGAGUGCUUUUGACUCGGACAGGACCUACCCACUUCAGCUUGAUUCCAGUAAGGAGUAUCAGUAUUUGCCACCGACUCAGCCUCCGAUUCGCCCUCCAUAUCAGAAGGCCUGUCACCUGCGUAGAAACAACCUGCUAGCUAAAGAAGACUCAGCUUCUAUCCUGCCGGAUGAUGCCCUUUCAGCCAUGAGCCUCGACUCUAAACAGGAAACGGACACAGCAGCAUCAGGAAGUCGUUAAUCCAGAGACGUUGCAUGCAUUUUAUUUGUAACUUUAAAAAAAUCAUUUUAUUUUUUCCAGUGGAAAUACACACAGUUUUAUUUGUAGGUUUUUAAAGUAAAUGUCAUUCUGAUUAUUUUAUUGAAUAUGAACAUUUUCAUUCAGUUUAAUAAACACAUGCACAAACAGUA